AGCCUGAUUGGCCAGAGCUGCUUUUGGCUAGAAGCUAUGAAGAAACAUAUUGCAUAAAACUUUUACAUGACUGACACCAUGGCAUCUUCAACAAACUUAGAUGUUGGGGCUCAGUUAAUUGUGGAAGAAUGUACCACCAGCUACAGCCUUCCACCCAUGCCAGACAUUAAGGUGGAGCACCAGCUUGACUCUAGCGCAGAGGAAGGCCCGGCUCAGAGUGUCGCCAUGGGAAUGAAGUUCAUUUUGCCCAAUAGAUUUGAUAUGAAUGUCUGCUCACGAUUUGUGAAAUCUUUGAAUGAGGAAGACAGUAAAAAUAUUCAAGAUCAAGUUAACUCUGACCUGGAAGUGGCAUCCGUCUUGUUUAAAGCUGAAUGCAACAUACACACUUCUCCUUCCCCUGGUAUCCAAGUAAGACACGUUUAUACUCCAUCAACUACUAAGCAUUUCUCACCAAUAAAACAAUCAACUACCCUAACUAACAAACACAGGGGAAACGAAGUCUCUACAACACCUCUGCUUGUAAAUUCCUUAUCAGUUCAUCAGCUGGCUGCUCAGGGAGAAAUGUUGUAUCUGGCCACACGUAUUGAACAAGAAAAUGUGAUCAAUCAUAAGGAUGAAGAAGGAUUUACUCCUCUGAUGUGGGCUGCAGCUCAUGGGCAGAUUGCAGUAGUGGAAUUUCUCCUCCAGAAUGGUGCAGAUCCUCAGAUUUUGGGUAAAGGGCGAGAAAGUGCCCUCUCACUGGCUUGCAGUAAAGGAUACACAGAUAUUGUCAAAAUGCUGCUCGACUGUGGAGUUGAUGUCAAUGAGUAUGACUGGAAUGGAGGCACACCUCUACUAUAUGCAGUACAUGGGAACCAUGUGAAAUGUGUGAAAAUUCUCCUUGAAAGUGGUGCCGAUCCAACUAUCGAAACAGAUGCUGGUUAUAAUUCCAUGGAUUUGGCUGUAGCCUUGGGGUAUCGCAGUGUUCAACAGGUUAUUGAGUCUCAUUUAUUAAGGCUACUUCAAAAUAUCAAGGAAUAAUGGCUGGCUCUUCUGUACUGCCAGUUCUUGGCUUGGAGAUUUGAACUGCUUUUUAGCACUGUAAUCAGUGACAAGGGUUGGUUGUUUUGUAACUUUACCUCAGUUCAACUAUUUGCUGUUUUUAGUUAAGUUUUUGAAUAUGCUUCCUCUUCUUCCAUUUUUAUUCAUAGAAAUAUGUGAUGUCAUCCUUUUGUUAAAUAUAUUUUAUAUAAUUUUAGAAGAAAACGUCAAUUGUCGUGCAUGAAAAAAUGUGUAAAUAAAACCAGUUUUGACCACCUAA